AGUUCAUUGAUCGCUUUAUUGCCUUAUGCAGCGUUUACGUGCAAACUAACAAAUGUAUAUUGAUUUACAUGGAGAGAAAAAAAAAGGACUCUUAUUUUGAUAUUCUGACUGGCGCGUCGCGGCGAACUGACUGCGCAUGCGUCCUCAGAUCAUCAGAGGAGCUGUGAAAGAACGGACGCGACUCUCCGGUUCUUCUCAUACUAUCCUGCUUUUAAAGAGAUUAAAAACAGCGGUUGCAUUAUUACAGUGUAUGGUGAAUGUAAAGUGUUAAUUGUGAUGCAGUUUGAGAACUUAUUGUUUGUUAUAUUCACACUAAAGUGAAGAAAAGUAAUUUAUAUAUGCUGCAGUGAUCAUUAUAUCUGACAAAUUACGUGUUUUCAGGUCACAAAAUGUUAAUGAGUUAAUUGAUAGCGUUAAGUGUCUCUGGGAAGCGUUUGAUAGUCACGUGACCAGUCAGAAAGCUGCUGGACCUGUAGUGAUCCAUUAUAAAUUUAUUCCAUUUAUUCACGGUUUAAAGAAGCAAGAGUAGCUUGAAAUACACAAUUUUAUAAUUAAUGUGUAAUUUUGUUGGAUAUUUUUAGAGGUACUUUAUAGUGACCUUUUAAUUUGUAGGAAGAGAAACUGGGGGAGUGACUUUUUUUGCAUCAGACAUGUCACUUUGCUCACAUCUGAUUGGUCCAGCUUCAGUUUGAGAUCUCUUACCCAGAACACAACCUGCCCCUGAGCAGGUUAGCUGUGGAGUGUAAGUUACUAUGGCAACGAACGCAGCUGAAAGCCAAGCCACUUUCAUGGUACCUAAAACCCAAAAUUAUGGUACAGGCCCCAGGUACAGGAUUGAAUUGGUGCUAAUGGUACUGUAAAAAGUCCACUGUUUUUGAUCAAAUAAAUAUUGCAGCUACCGACGACUUUAAAGGUCCCAUGGCAUGAAAAUUUCACUUCAUGAGGUUUUUUAACAUUAAUAUGAGUUCCCCUAGCCUGCCUAUGGUCCUCCAGUGGCUAGAAAUGGCGAUAGGUGUAAACCGAGCCCUGGGUAUCCUGCUUCGUCUUUGAGAAAACGAAAGCUCAGAUGCCCAAUCUGGAAUCUUCCCUUUAUGUCGUCAUACGGGGAAAGGUUACCUCCCCUUUCUCUGCUUUGCCCGCCCAUGAGAAAAUGAACUACUUGGCGGGCGCAAUUUUUUUUUUUCCUCGAGAGACAUCAUGGCUUGCAAACGAGCGAAGCAUGGCAGUUGCUCAGUGUUUGGAUGUACAAAUGAACACAGAAGUAUUUUUUUAGUUCCUUCAUCCGAGCUUAGGAAGAAACAGUGGGUUAAUUGUAUUUACUCUGGUAAUGCGCCGACACAACUUCCCAAAGUUUUGUAUGUCUGCGCCAAACAUUUCACAGACGACCGUUUCCUCAACUUGGGCCAAUACAGAGCUGGCCUUGCUGAACGUCUGAAAAUAAAGUCAGGAUCAGUACCAACUCUUCUUGGCUCAGCUACAAACCUUGGACAAGCCAGCACUUCAAGUGCUUGCAUUCAGCUGCCUCUCUCAAGGGAUGUUGCCUGUCAGACAGACCACCUGGAAACACAUACUGUAGGCACGCAGCUAUCCUUAAAGACUCUGCGGCGCCACUUUAUAAGUGAAGGUGUCCAGGCAAAGGUCUCCUGCAAAGAUUUUGGUGUUGGGACAUCCAAUGCAGACCCUUUGUGCCUGUCAUCGACACCUUUAAAGAGACCACCCAAAAGACCUCGUCUAGACCUUGAUGAACAGCUGGAGGACAGCUCUUUAGUGGAAGCUUCAAAGGGACAGGAUUCCACUUAUGAUCCUGCUUACUCCAUCACAGCAUCGUUAGACUCUACACUUCAGUCAGAACAUUCAUCCACUCCCACCCACAACAGCAAAAAGUACAUAGUGUACGAGAACUGCAUCAUGGAGUUGUUUAAUGUAUGUCCAGUCUGCACGCGGGCAUGUGAUGUGAGGACCCAAAGGCUGGGGACAUUCCUGUCUGUGAAGCAGCGGUGCCUACAUUGCACAUUUAGAAGACACUGGAAUAGCCAGCCUAUCCUUGGGAGCGUGCCAUCUGGAAAUCUGCACCUUUCUGCCGCCGUGUACCUGAGUGGUGCAUCUUUCAUACAAAUCGAAAAGGUCUUCAAGGCAAUGAAGCUACAGUUGUUUAGGUAUGAAACAUUUCGACGCCAUGCCAGAGCUUUCAUUGAACCGGCAGUUCUUCACCACUGGAAAGUCACACAGAAUGUGAAUCUGCAGUGGCUACGUCAGGCGGAAAAAGUGAUAGUUGGUGGUGACAUGAGAGCUGACUCUCCAGGCUACUCUGCAAAGUAUGGCAGUUAUACAAUGAUGGAUCUCCAUACUAACACCGUUGUGGACAUUCAGUUGGUUCAGAGCAAUGAGGUUGGUGGUAGCUGCCACAUGGAAAAGGAGGGCCUGGCAAGGAGUCUAGCAUUACUGGAGUCGCGUGGCGUCAACCUUGAUUGCAUUGUCACUGAUCGUCAUCCACAAGUACAGAAGUUCCUCAGGGAGAGAAACAUAACCCAUUACUACGAUGUCUGGCACAUGGCAAAAGGAAUUUCAAAGAAACUGGAAGCAAUCAGUAAGCAGAAAGACUGUGAGAAACUCCAGAAGUGGAUGAAAAGCAUCAACAACCACAUAUACUGGACUGCAGCUGGCUCAACCUCCGAGCCAGAGAGAGUUGCAAAGUGGACCGCAAUCCUGAACCAUGUUCGAGAUGUCCAUACACAUGAGGAUCCUCUUUACCCCAAGUGCGAGCAUGCGAUCCGCAAGACAACUGACAAGAGUAAAUGGCUCCAAGCAGAUACUCUAGCUUUCAACAAGUUGGAGAAGUUGCUGACAAACAAAAGAACGCUGAAGGAUGUUGCAAAACUGAGCCCCCACCACCAAACUUCAUCAUGGGAGGCUUUCCAUGCCAUCAUCCUUCGUUUUGCCCCAAAGAAUGUUGUCUUUCCCUUUAUUGGAAUGCUGUGCAGACUCUACCUGGCUGCUAUGCAUUAUAAUGAAAAUGCGAACCGACCACAGGCCGAAACGGAGGAAGGUGUACCUCUCUUCAAAAUCUCAUUUCCAAAGGCUAGGAAGGGAGAGUGCAGUGUUAAACCUCAAAAGACACAGCCGACCUUUGGUUAUGUUGCUGACAUGAUGGACCUAAUUUUUGAGAAAGUCUUUGUCAACCCUACGCCAUACACCGAUGCGCUGUUGGCCAUCCCUGUACCAGAGGACCUAUCAGCACAGUAUGAGAAGCCAGACAAGGAGGAGGUCAUUGCCAGCUUUGUGUCAAGGUUCAAACGGGAGGCAGUUUAAACCCUACGUAGUGGCCUUCCUCAUCAGGAAACUCUGAGCGGAUGCGCAGGACCACACAAGCUGGAAUAAUGACCCGGAUUCUGCGUCCCAGGAGGCCCCAGCACCAGCUCACAAAUGAACGAUAGGAGAGAUGCCUGUAGCGACUGAACAAUUGAUUGUAAUAUUUAGUCUUGCAGAGAUUUAACAUUGGUUUGUGUUAUUGUUAUCUAAACAAAUAAUCCUAUGCUCCUAUGGAUCAUCUUCAAUGCUUGUUUUGUAACAUUUUAAAAAAAAAAUUUCUGAUGUAAAUCAAUCUUAAAGGUCCCAUGGCAUGAAAAUGUCACUUUAUGAGGUUUUUUUAACAUUAAUAUGAGUUCCCCUAGCCUGCCUAUGGUCCUCCAGUGGCUAGAAAUGGUGAUAGGUGUAAACCGAGCCCUGGGUAUCCUGCUUGGCUUUGAGAAAAUGAAAGCUCAGAUGCCCAAUCUGGAAUCUUCCCUUUAUGUCGUCAUACAGGGAAAGGUUACCUCCCCUUUCUCUGCUUCGCCCGCCCAUGAGAAGAUGAGCUACUAUCGUGCGAGGUGAGCGCAAUAUUUUUUUUUUUUUCCUCGAGAGACAUCAUGGCUUGCAAACAAGCGAAGCAUGACAGUUGCUCAGUGUUUGGAUGUACAAAUGAACACCGAAGUAUUUUUUUAGUUCCUUCAUCCGAGCCUAUGGCUAGCAUUAGCUACAUGAUAACUGUAACAGCAUACAUAAACAAACCAACUAAAGUACCGUAUCCAGACACAAUAUUUUAAACUAACCAUUCGGAGACGUCCUGCUGUAGCCGCUGAGUUGCAACUUCUUCAUCCGGUGCUUCUCCAUCCGGAUCAGAUUCUGGGUCAAACUGAAAAGCUUGAACGACUGCGUGUCUACGAGCCAUUGCGAUACAUCCACUGUCAACAUUAAGGCAUGGUACCGUGGCCACACACCCACUCUCCACCUUGCCCCGCCUCUCUCCUCCUCAUUAGCAUUUAAAGCUACAGACACAGAAAUGGCACGUCCUAAGGAAAGCUCAUUGUGGGACUGGCUCAUAGUGGCUGAAAUUCUGCACCAAGGCUGAAUUUCAGGAAAGAGACUUCAGAUACAGUACUAGGGACCACUUAGGCCUAUAUAAAAGCAUCCAAAAAUCAGCAUGCCAUGGGACCUUUAAGGACAAUUAAUCCAAAACUUGAUCCAAAAUACUUCAAAAAUAUACUAUAAACCAGUCAUGGAGACUGAGUUUCCCCAGUUCAAUCUGCUGCUUUGGAUCGAUUCACAGACAACAACAAAUAAAAUCGCAGCAUUUCUUGGACAAGCCCUCUUUGGUCCAGGUGUUACUGUUGAUCUUGCGCAGGUCUUGUCUUUUUUGAAAAGCCCCACACAGUAUUACAAACGAGAGGAUCGCGAGUGACCACACUGCUGCUGGUUUCCCGUGGUACUUUCCAGUCGAGAAAUAUUCGGGAAGGCAGUACUCUCUUGUGCCUGGAGGAAAGAGAUUUUAAAACAGCAUUUUAACUAGAUAUUCAUUAUCAUGCAAGAAAAUAUUUGAUGCCAUUUGAUUCAGAACAGUGGGUCCCAUUCCACGAUGCUUCAUGAGAGCUUGAAUCGCUCAGAGUCCUGUGUGAACGGCCCUCAACCCAUGUUGGUGAGGAUUUCACCACAGCCAUGUGUCCAGGUUAAUCAGACGGUUUUUCAACUUAAUAUCCCGGUGUAACACUCCAUGUAGGCAGCACGUUUGAGCUGUGAACAUUCCCUGGUACACUAUAACUUGUGCCACGUCAUUUUCAAUGGUGCCUUUGUAGCACUUUAAAUAUUCAUACAAGGACUGCCAGGGCAUGGGCCGCUCUAGGACCAAAAUGUAGCAGUCAGGUUCCACCUGCCAGUCCAGAAGCUGGAUGAUUUCCUGAACCCUGGGCCUUUAUUUGCAAGAAUUUGCAAAGUGACCUCCAGUGGAAGAGAUUCGGAAUAACUGUCCUAGAAGAAACACGGUUGUCAUGAGGGUUAGAUAGAAAAAUAUAAUAAUUGAGAUACCAUCACGACUCCUCACAGGUGGUAGAUCUCUCUGGUCCGCAUUUUCUUCUUGACAUAAGUGUGUGUUGUUGACUUUUUUUCCUCUUUGAAUUAAAUUACUCAAUUACUCCCAGCAACCUAAAGAGUACCAUUUGAAAUAGUAACUAGUGUUGGCUGGAAGAAAUGCAAAGUGAGAAAAACACUAGAAUGCAACUAGCAAUAAACCAACUAGCGUUGACUGCAAGAUGUGUUAAGUGAAAACGAUGCAACAAACUGCAAGUGAGCUAUCAGAUUUAUCAAAGCCAGCCUUUUUAUACCUGCAUGUGACUGUGAUGUCAUUCCAAAGCUGGUCGCAGAGGGCCGCUGGUGAUUGGCCUGUUUUCUGCUGUGGGCUUGGCUUCUUCUUUCUUCUUCCUUGACUGUACUUCAGGAGCAGAAUAAAACAUUUAUUUAGGAUAUCAUCAUACCAUGCUGUCUGUUUAGUGUUAUCAAUGCUUUCUUAUUAAUCUGUGCCAAUUUAAGUCGUUUACAAGCAGUGAUGGGAAUAACGGCGUUAUAAAUAAAUGGCGUUACUAACGGCGUUAUUUUUUUCAGUAACAAGUAAUCAAACGAAUUACUGUUUCCCCCGUUACAACGCCGUUAACGUUACUGACAAUAAAAUGUGGCGUUACUAUAUUAUAUUAUUAGAAUUUCAGUUCACCUGAAUGGAUGCGCAGUGUAGCUGUAUUUGACGUACUAUAAACUCUAGUGUGAAGCCCACACUCGCCGUCGCUUUCUCUCACAUACACGCACGCAAAGAAAGAUACAAAGCAAGUGAGUCUUUCAUAACAUGCAGAAUUGACGCGCUACAUGUAAACGAUAUUCUUUGUUGUAUUUUCCUGUCAAAGUAAUGGAGUUCCUUUGGAAUUCUUCAGCUUUUAAGAACUGCUGGUUUCUCUGGUAGUGGGCGGAGCUAAUGCGCAAACCACAAUCUCAUUGGCUGGCGCUCACCUACUAUCAUCCCUGUUUUCAUUUCAGCAAAUCAAUUCGAGCGAAUGCAGACAACGUGAUUAAUAUUCAUGAACCCAGCAGCUCAUUAAUCCUUAGUGCGUUUUAUAUUGAUGACAAAUAUGCAUUCAUACUUGGUUAUUCUAAUUACUAAAGUUCUAUCAUCAUAUAAUAUUAAAUUAUCAUAAUAUUAGAUUAUAAUGCUUGACUGACUGAUACUAAGUGUCAGUAGAUAAAUAGUGUAGAUUAAUGUACAAUGUUUUAUAAUAAUAAUUUAUUCUUUUUAGUGUCCAUUUCAUUAAUUUAACAUAUUUAAUAUUGGGGGCAUCCAAAGUUAUUUGACAUUUGAAUUUUUUUUAAAAAGUAACGCAAUAGUUACUUUCCCUGGUAAUUAGUUACUUUUAUAAGGAUGUAACUCGGUUACUAUUUGUGAAAAGUAACUAGUAACUAUAACUAAUUACUUUUUUAAAGUAACGUGCCCAACACUGUUUACAAGUAAGAAUGGUCUAAUAUUGGCAUACAUUUUGCAUUGUAAAUGAUGUAUGUGAUGUACAUUUAAGUUGUUUGGAUUCAAGCAGCAAUUAAAACAAGCAGUGUGGUGAUCGCAAGCUCUUUUAAU